AUGUGUUCCAGCCGGAAGAUUCUGUGGAGCCUGCUGCUGCUGUCAGUUUUGGAGGUGGGGCUGGGGGUCGCCAGUAUCGUCCUGGGAGCCGUGGGGCUCAGCUGGGUCAGGGAGGAACACAAACCACAACAAGGAGACGCUUCACCUAUCUGGAGCGGCCUGUGUUUUCUCAUCUGUGGGAUGUGUGGAGUCCUGUGUGCUAGGAAGAGGACUGGACUCAUCAUGAUUCUGUUCUCAGCCUGCUGUAUCUGUGGUCUGAUUGGAGGGAUUCUCAACUUCCAGUUUGUUAGGGCGUUGUCACGACGACCGGACACUCUCCGCUCACUACACCUGGCGGCCAUGACCAUUGCCUGCCUGGGUAUCUCUUCCUGUACUCUCUCUACCUGGUUGACCUGUCGUCUGGCCAGUUCAGAACAACAGAGGAUGUUUCUGGAGAGAGAACACUCACUGCACCACUCACACGAGAUGGCUGAGAAGGAACCAUACACACACGGAUCUUUUGAGAUCCUGGACAACUCCAGCAACGGGAUUCCCCAGAUCUCCUACAACAGCAACACCACCUCUCUUUGACAACAGACACGCCUUGUUGCCCUGACAAUGGACACACUUUGUUGCCCUGACAACAGACACACCUUGUUGCCCUGACAAUGGACACACCUUGUUGCCCUGACAAUGGAUACACCUUGUUGCCCUGACAAUGGAUACACCUUGUUGCCCUGAUAAUGGACACACCUUGUUGCCCUGACAAUGAAUACACGUUGUUGCCCUGACAACGGGCACACCUCAUUGCCCUGACAAGGGGUGAUAUCAUCCAACAGAGCUGAGCAGCACUAUUACACAGUUGUGUGUGGAGAACUUCAGCACAGAUGGAAGAAGUUGUUUCCCAAAAUAAAACUUAAAUGAACGCUCUUCUUGUUACUAGUUCUGAUAGUCCUAACAGACAGUCACAUGACCUCUGACCUCACAGACCGGAGGGCCAGCCAGCCGCUCCAAACUAAUGAGCACAAAAGAAGCAUGCAAUCAAUUUGUAAUCUCUCUCUCUCUCCCUGGCUAUAUGAAUGCAGGUAUACUGUGUUUGAAGGAACAAUGCUAUAGCUAUCCAAUGUAGAGCAGAAUAUGUAAUGCUUUAA